AUGGCUGGUGAUUCCGGUUCCACUGUGGUUGGUGAUUCCAGUUCCGCUGCGGCUGGUGAUUUCGGUUCUGCUUCGGCUGGUGAAUCUGGUUCCGCUGCAGCUGGUGACUCCGGUUCCGCUGCGUUUGGUGACUCUGGUUCCGCUGCGGCUUGUGACCCUGGUUCCGCUUCGGCUGGUGACUACAGUUCCGCUACGGCUGGUGACUGCGGCUCCGCUUCGGCUGACCUAUUUGUCUUUCUCUGGGUCACGCUACACAUAACCCCAAAUGGUGUUAACUUAGACAAGAAUCUAGUUAGCUCAGAUACAGUCUACCAGUAA